UCUAACUGUUUUCAUGAUUUAUGCAGAUGUCCUGCACUAGUGCUUUACCCUGCUGGUUUGGGAAGGUGAAGCCUUCAUUAAAAUGGGCCAUGCUUCCAUCCCAAUGCAUAGAGACCCUGCAGAGCAUUUUUUUGGGUUGGGAGACGAUUAGGAAGUGAUCACCGUCAUGACGCUGUGGGAAAGAGAUGCCCCCACUGGAUCUGAACUGCUGCUAUUGCUGCUCUCUAUAUAACCACCUCCAGUUCUUUUUUUUCAGAGAGGAUUGUUGUCUUAUUGAUUGACUUUUUUAUGCAUUUGCUGGAUCUGUUCCCAAUUGGUACAGAAAAGGGGUGUUCCAAGGAUACCAGUGUGACAGUCCUAAAAUUAAGAGACUAGAGGGAAGGGCUACACUUGUCAUAUUAUUUUGUAAGGUGGGGAACGAAGGCAAGCGAUCAGGACUAAGACGACCCCCCUCCCUACUCCCCCCUCAUACAGUCCCUCCCCCAAGGCAAGAAUGAGAAUGGGGUUCUGCUAAACCGUAGGGAGGAUGAUAAGGUAGUAUACAAAUAGCUAUACAUUCUAUGCGUUUGUAUGGUUCUGGAUUCUGUGGUCCUGCUCCAACAUCAAGAAUUGCAGAUAUUUUUUGGGGGGGAGGGAGGGAGAGGGGAGAUGACCAAUUCUGACCUUUGCGGAGAAGAGGGAGGAAAUAGAAGAAGAGAAGCUGCAUUUUUGGGGGAGAUAGACACAUCCCUGUCAGUAUCAUAUAUAUGCACAUGAGCGCAAACACCAUGAUAUUUAUGGUACUGGGAGCGUCCAUUGUUAUGAGUUGACCAGAUGCCUUGGUUAUGGGCUCUUACAGGCAAUAGCUUGCUUGAUGGACAUGAAUGCUCUUUUGGACCGAUUUCACAAUUAUAUCUUACCGCAUUUAAGAGGGGAGGACCGAGUUUGUCACUGCAACUGUGGGAGGUAUCAUGUUCAUUAUGUUAUCCCAUACGACGGAGACCAGUCGGUGGUAGACUCCUCAGAGAAUUACUUUGUCACUGACAAUGUAACAAAGCAGGAGAUUGACCUGAUGCUGGGACUCUUAUUAGGAUUUUGUAUAAGUUGGUUCCUGGUCUGGAUGGAUGGGGUUCUGCAUUACGCUGUUAGGACAUGGCGGACCAGCAGACGUUAUGACAACUCCUGGUCUUGGAUUCCUAAAUUUUGCAACUUGAGGGAUUUUAGAAAACGUCACCCGCGACAAUAUGAUGACACCAGUGGGAAUAUGGUUCACAUCAAGCAGAAGCUGUACCAUAAUGGCCACCCAAGUCCUAGACAUCUUUGAGGGGCCUGACACAGACAGUAUCCUCUAGGAUCAAGGGGAUAGAGGACACUUCUUUCCUUUUGAGGAAAAAGAAAAAAAAAAUCAAUAAAUUCCCAAUAUGGGAAGAGAGUAGGAAAACAAUUAUAUUCCUCUAUGUCUUGAGCUCCUUCCCUUAUCUUAUAGGGGAGGACUCUACAUAGGAAGUUCAAGGAAAUCCAACUGGACCUUGGAUCAUGUCACCGGGCAUCUGAUUUUAGUGUUGAACAUCUGUACAUAUGUAAAAAUAAAUUCUAAAAGACUUGUUAAUACUUUCAAAGUGCAAGUGGUAGAAACCUCAAGACUGAUUCUAGUUUACGUGUGUGUAUGUAAUGGUGAUGCACAGGCAGCUGACUGUAAAUCUAGUCAUUUUGCUGUUAGAUUUGGUAUGGCAGCACGCUACUAUGGAAAGCAACUUGUCUCUCUUCAGUUACUGUCAGGUCUGUGUGUAGUCAAUGAAUGUGUCUAUUUUUGUGGUGAUCAAAGGAGCCUUCAGUAAAGGUCAGUGCAGGGCGAUGGAACUAUGGUCCUUAUUGGAACGCUCCUUUCUAUUUUCCUUGUCCUACAAUGUGCUUGUGACCAGCACCAAAAAAAACUGAUUUUAAAAGUGCAGUU